AUGCACGGGUCUACAAACGGCGAGGGGACGGAGCAGCCAGCUCUGCUCGCAGUAGAGGAUGCUUUAAGUGGGAUGAAGAAUGACCUUGAGUUCACGCAAUGGUAUGGCAGCGUGAAGGACGAAUUGCUAGAAGCGAGCUACGAAAAAUACCAAUCUUGUCUCGAUGACUUAGAAUUAACGACCUGCCACCUUGACUCUCUACUCCAAGACACAUCACACACUUUAGACGUCCUCUCCACUCUAUCACAAUCAUUUGAAGCAGUGGAGGAUCGCACGUCCGCUUUUCGGAAACAAUGCGAAGGCCUCCUCUCCGCUCGGAACAAAAGCGCAAAAUUAGCAGAUGAGAUUCAGGAGAACCUGACAUCCUAUGACUACCUGGAUCCAAUAUCAAGAAGACUCAAUGCACCAGGAGCUGGCAACUCAGUUCGUUCAAAAGAUUUUUCAGAUAUGCUGAGGCGUCUAGAUGAGUGUCUAGACUACAUGCAUGCGCAUCCAGAACAAAAAGAGGCAGAAAUAUAUAGAGCUCGGUAUCGCUUACUCCUCACUCGUGCACUUACGUUAAUCCGCGGCCAGUUUGUCUCCACUGUGCGGGACAUCUCAUCAGGAGUUACAAAGCGGAUUGCCGAUCGCCAGCUUAAUGAUACAACCAUGUCAGCUCUAUUAUAUGCUAAAUUCCGUGUUGGUGCCUCUGAAAUGAAAGACAUGGGGCUCGAAAUUCAGAAGAGAGCAGUUCCUCCCCUAGACCCUGAACAAGGCGCCGAAGCAGAAUACCAAAGUCUCCUCAACGAGCUCCAUGUAAACUUUGCAACUUCCCGCGCAAGGCUGGUGGUACCUCUUGUGAGAAAGAGACUGAAUGAUAUCGCAAAUGCACCAAGCACGUCAAAAGAUUUAGUUGCGUUUGCAAGGACGAGCAUUAGCUACGUACGCGGUAUAUGUCUCGAUGAAUUCGAUUUGUGGGGAGAAUGGUUUCAUGGCCAGUAUGGUCUUUAUGAUUUUCUUGAAGCCAUUUGUGAGCCGCUUUAUGACCAUCUGCGACCUCGAAUCAUUCAUGACAAUAAACUUGUUAGACUCUGUCAGCUCUGCAUACUACUCCAAACUCGGUAUUUAAACGAACCAGACGAAGAUGGAGAGUGCGUGGUGGAUCCAAAUCAGCUAGAUUUUGCGAUCUUGAUCCAACCUGCACUUCAGGAUGCGCAAACUCGGCUUGUAUUUCUUGCACAGGCAAUCUUGCGAGAUGAAAUCGAGAGAUUUAAACCACGGCCAGAGGAUCUUGAUUACCCUGCUAAGAAUAAGCAAAUAUCGUUAAGUGCGGAAAAUAAUACCACGCCAGUAGUUUCAGGAAGAAAGUCUUCAUUAAUUGAUUCGAAGAUGCCAAUGGUUAUGGAUGAAGAUACGGACUCCCCAGCAGAGAAAGAAUCCCAAUGGGACUUUACUUCUCAGGCAAUGUUUGAAGGAUGGUAUCCGACUCUGAAGAAGGCAAUCUGGUUGUUAAGUCGUAUAUAUCGACUGGUUAACUCGAAAGUGUUUGAUGACUUAGCCCAUCAAAUUGUCCAUCAGACAACUCUCUCAAUUCAACAGGCUGGCACGGAGAUAUCGUCGAAAAAGUCAAAACCGGACGGCCUCCUAUUCUUGAUCAGGCACUUGCUGGUACUAAAACAGCAAAUUGUUGCAUUUGAUAUAGAGUUUGUGUCCCCUGACGUAUCCUUUGACUUCUCUGGGGUAACCAGUACUUUCUGGGAACUACAAGAACGCGGAGGACUCUUCAAUACCCGGACGUGGAUUCAACUUGUUGGAGGCGGCCUUCUACCUCAGGUAGUUGAGAACAUGUUGGACGCCAAGGUUGAGCUCGAUGGUACACUUCGAACAGUAAUCAAUGACUUCACCAAUACUUUCGCAACCAAAAUGGCAUCCAGCUUGCCUCCAGUAUCAGGCAAAACAAUAACCCCGACAUUAUCUCAACAAAUUCAAAAAGGUGCAUUAAAUAUGCGCCGUUCCAUUGAGGAGGAAGUACCUAUUCUACGGCGGUUACUAGACGAUUAUAUUGAUGACAAAAGAACAAAAGAAACGCUCGUUAGUGCUGUUCAAGAUACAGUCACUCAGCUCUAUGAAGAUUAUUUGGAGGCAUAUGCUGCAGCAGAGGCUGGCAAAGACAAGCCUGGUAGAAAAACCUCUAGAAAACCAGUUGCGACCGGAGAACUCUGGGAUAUUGAAAGAUUCGGAGAUUGGACUGACUCUAUCUUCAGGCCGAAGAUUGAAGUCUAUGAAAGUGACAAUGAUGAAAGUCAAAAUGAUGACCCCGAUGAGAAUGGAGAGUAUGGUAUAGACAGCGACGAGGAAGAUAAAAGUAGCUAG